CGCGGGAGCCCAGCCGGGCCAUGGCCGAGUGGAGCCCCGCCCAGCAGGGUCUUCAGUGGGACAUGGAGCCCCAGCCCAUGGCAGCCGCUCAGCCCCUCAGCACCCCCGAGCAAACCCCCACGGGGGACGCACUUCCUGAAACGGCCGAGCUCUCCCUGACCGUUGUGGCGGAAAUCCAAGCGGUGGAGAGCAAGGUGGAUUCUUACGCUGCGCAGCUCAUGAGCCUGGAGGGCAGGAUGGGCAUGGCUGAGACGAAGCUGGACGGCUGCGAGAAGACGGCGGUUGAGUUCGGGAACCAGCUGGAGAGCAAGUGGGCCGCCCUGGGGACCCUCAUCCAGGAGUACGGCCUGCUGCAGCGGCGGCUGGAGAACAUGGAGAACCUGCUCAAGAACCGGAACUUCUGGAUCCUGCGCCUUGCCCCGGGCUCCAAGGGGGAGACCCCCCAGGUCCCGUUGCAGUUUGAGGACGCCUCCUGCAGUUUCUCGGAGCAAGAGUGGAGGACCCUGGACGAGGGCCAGAAGGACCUCUACCGGCACAUCAUGAAGCAGAACUACCAGGCGGUGGUCUCUGUUGAGGCGGCCAUCUCCAAGCCGGACCUUCUCUCCCGGAUUGAGCAAGGAGGGGCUUCGGAUUGGACAGACGGCGGGGAAGAGCAGCCCCCCGCAGAGCCCAGCUUGGGUGAGAGGCCAGGGUCUCCAAUUUCGGCUCUCCACAGCAGUUCCUGGAUGGAGCAAGAGGAGCUGUCUCUUGUCAAAAGCAUGGGGGGCUCAGAGGACCGGGAAAUCCCAGGGGACUGCGCCAUGGGCGCUCCUCAGCUCCUGGAGGAUGAUGCCGAUAGCCUCUUCCCCCGCAAGUGGGCAGACGUGUUCCAGGGCCCGGGAGAGGAGCUGCUACCUGAGACCCAGCCCUCCUCCGUCGCCCUGCCCAGGAAGCCUGCCGGGAGCAGCCUCCGGCGGUUGGCACAGGGGGCAUCUGAGGCGCAGGAGGAGGACUCAGACACGUCAGCCAUGGAAGCUCAUGCUGGCCCCUUCAUCUGCUGUGAGUGCGGGGAAGGCUUCCUGGACGAGCCGCUCUUCGCCAGCCACCAGAAGAGCCACGGCGGGGGAGGGGCAUACCCGGUACUGGAGCCCGGGGGAGGCCUGGAGGCCAGGCCGCCCCCUCUCACCGCCCAGAGGGCCCCGGCUCCCACGCGGCCCAAGGUGCCCAAGCGCCCCGAGCCCCAGAGGGCCCCGGCGUCCAGACCCAGCGUGGGGAAAUGGCCCGGGAACCACAUGGUGGAACGGCCCUACACCUGCACCCAGUGCAAGGAGAGCUUCAAGCUGGAGGUCAGCCUGCUGCUGCACCAGAAGCUCCACGCGGGGAAGGGUGACGGGCCCCUGACCUGCACCUACUGCGGCAAGGACUUUCGCGACCUCUCCAAGGCCGUGCGGCACCAGCGCAUCCACACGGGCGAGCGGCCCUACCAGUGCACCGAGUGCGGGAAGAGCUUCAUCCGGCGGGACCACCUCCUGAAGCACUGGCGCGUGCACACGGGCGAGACGCCCUACCAGUGCGCCACCUGCGGGAAGAACUUCCGCUACAAGGAGUCGCUGAACUGCCACCAGAAGAUCCACGCCCGCAGCCCUGCUGUGCGCCACCUGAUGCUGGGCACGCAGACCGGCCUGGUGGGCCUGAAGCCGGAGCAGCCUUAGCGUUGCUGAGGGACCCAGUGGGCCCUCUGGGGGGGCGAGGGGGAGACUUGCUCUGGGGGGCCGCAAGGGCGUUUGUAGCCCCCUCAGCCCCCACUCUGGGCACGCCGGCUGGCACUGAGACAUAAGCUACGUCCUGGUCCUGCUCAAAGGGCCGGGUGCCCACUGCACUUGGGCGGGCCUGCGAAGGGCUGGUAGGCCACGCAGCCUGGGUCUUUCUCAGAGAAAGAACCUCCCUGCAUGCCUGGGGGGGAGUUAAGAAGGGGGCAGCUACCCGCUGCCCCUUCCACCCCCCUGAAACUCCACUCACUUUUCUGCCAUGUCCACUUGUCAUGUGAGUCCUCCUUGUGGCAUGUAGCUGCAAAACACACACACACACCCUCCAGAUUGCAUGGUGUGGCACAGGAAUUGGGACGGCAGAUGUCGGGUGUGGCAGGCCCCGACAAGCCAACAGCUCUCUGUGCCCUUCACUCCUGCCCAGUCUGGAUGGGGGUCCCAGUCCUUACACACCUCCGUGGAACUGGAAACACCCCCCCCCACCUUCCCAGGUCCUCGUUCGUAGCUUGUCUGUCUGUACUUUUUUGUUUAAUUUUGAAACUGCAUUUGGUUCUGCACCGAGGGCGCAUGUCCAAGCGAGAGCAGCUUCAGCCAGAGGCUCUGGCUGCCUCCACCAACGCCCAGCGCUUGCGUAGUGUGGUUUCACAGCGUGAUGCUCCAGCAGGCUUCGUGUUGCCUGGCUCCCCAGUUCUCGCAUACUCCGGGAUUUCCGAGAUCUGCCCCCCAUCAUUGUGCUGGUGUUGGUUUUUCCUUUUUUUUUUUCUCCUUCAAAAAGCUUUCUUAAUUUUUUCAACAUCCACAUAAAAUACAUAGAAACUAAAAAGAAUGAAACAAAGAAUACUACAAGAAAAAAGAAAACUAAAAAAGUGCGAAAAUGCAGAGAAGACUAUUACAUGGUGGCUUCCAACUUUCUACAAGAAAGAUACAUAUAAUGCUCUAAAGCAUUUCCAUUCUCAAUAUAACAUUCUCCUCUAAAAUAAACUAUCCCUCUUAAAAAAAAAUAAAGCCUUUUCUAACACAAUUAUUCACCCUAAUAAGCAAAUACUCAAAUAUUAUCCUACUUCACUAAAAUUUUACCCCUCUCUGCCUGCUAAAAUAGCAAAAGAUAAAUUAUCUACAUUUGGUUAAUGUCCUUUUACCCAAGGUAAAGUCGUCAUCCCCGAAACGAAAACAUUCGUCUAAGAGACCAUCCUGAUAAACACAUUUGAACAGUUAUCUGACUUCAAAAUAGGCUAAUGCAUUUACAUAUCUCAGCUUACAAACACAGUUUUCCCCUUACAAGUCUCAAAUUCAGCAGCCAGCCUUGAUUCUUGAUCUCGAUUUUCCAGGAACG